AUGACGGACAUGUCAGACUAUCAUCUCCAGUGCAAGCUGUCCGGUCAUACCGGCGCUAUCUAUACUCUCAAGGCUCGCGAAGACGGCAGAUUCUUAGCCAGUGGUGGUGGCAUCGGUCUCAAGGUGUGGGAUUUGCAAGAGGAGCGCGAGAUUGACGUCGUGGUUGUGACUUCCGAUGUACGUGGUGCGAUAACAAAGUUGCAAUGGAUCAAGCGCGAGGACAACAUGGGCGAGGCGCUGGUUUACGGCACACAGAGCGGAUACAUUACACUCCAGGGAAAGUCCAGCGUUCGAGUUCACGAGAUCUGGAAUCGCCAGAUGGCUGGAUCGUCUGAAGUGACUGGUCUUGCUUUCGAUCCGGCCACUAAUCGUCUGGCGGCGUGCCAUCAUGGCGGCAUCGUGCAGAUGGUUAUGUUGGGAGCGAAGAUGGCCGAGAAAGAGAUGUUUUCCUUGCAGAUCCCCUGUUGCGUUCCUGGCGCUUUAGGCUUUGGGGCAAUGCACAAUAAUGAACGCGAGCUGUUGGUUUCUGGACUUUACUGUGGAGUAAUAUCUGAUGUCGCGGUCGACUUGGCGAACAGCAUCUUCUGUGUAAGCGAUCCCUCCACCGGCGUUCUUCUAUAUCGCCUCAAUGGCGGUGGCGAGCUUGUCAAGCGCUUCAAAGUUCCAGUGACAAAGACCUGGCGCCUACGACAAGUGGCUCUACAUGAUUCGAAUCGGGCGAUCGUCGUUGGCAGCGACCACGGUGUGGUGUACGUUUACACACGCCGGGACGGCUCGCUCACGAAGCUCGUCAUUGAGGAGAACGAGUGGGUACAGACCGUUGCAGCAUCGGAUGUGCUCGGCGUCCCAACUAUCUUCGCAGCCAAGUCCAGCGAAGUGAGCGGCAGGAACGACGCGAAGUCGAAUGUCGAAACAUAG